AUGCUCUUCAUUUCACACCUAGUUCAUUUCAUAGAAUGCGCUACAAACAACGGCAAUAGACCACUACAGCUAACUCAACAGCAGAGGCAAGAUAGACCGAACAGAAGUAGGAAUUAUCAAGCUCAACUAGAAUCAAGAAAUGUGGUGCCUAUAACCAGUGAGAACACCAAAUUGCUAUUCAACAGUAAUCCGAUUCUAAUGGGUGACAGUUUGAAAUGUCGCCUGACAAUUGUGACACCUGACAUCCACCAAUUUAAUAAGGAUUAUACCACAAGUAUAGUAUUCCUGAAUGAAUUAGGCAAUCAGAUUCAAUUUAACCCAAUUGCACCAGAACUAUUCAUACCAGAUCCAUCCUACUUUGAAUUUAGGUCGAAAGCCCCUGAAUUUUUCAAUUCAAUCAUAUUUGUAGCAAAAAGUAGAAAUAUGAACAGAUCAGACAUCCAAUCACCACAAUACAAGUACAAAUCAGAUGAAAAUUACUUCGUUGCAAUGGAAUAA